AUGAUCGCGAGGCUGUCGUCUCGACCGAACCCGUUGCUUUCGGCGGGCCUCGGCUCCCAGCCACGGAGAUGGAAUUCCUGGAGCAGAGAUGCGCUCACCACCGAUGCGCUUCGUGCCAAGGUGGAGGCGGGCAUCAAGGACAGCCACAGCUGCACCGGCGUGGCUCUACACGCAGGCUCGGGCACGGUAUCGACUGCAGCCGGCGACUUACCCAUCUCGCCCUUGUUCGAUCCCUGCUGGAUCAAGGCCCGGCGACGGCCGCGAAAGCUCGGCCCGGGCAAACCCACGGGCAGGUUCAGAAAGAAGCUGGCCAUGAACCCUUACGCCCAGGCACUGGCGACGCCGAUGCGCAAAUGCCCCAUCACGAGCCUGAAGAUCCCGCGAUACUUUCUGCAAGACUUUGAGCUGGUCAAGCACCCGUCAGGCGACUCGGUAUGGUGGGCACCAGGUCCCCUGGCCUUUGAGGACUGCCACGAAGACGGCUCGCAGCGUGAUUCGAGCAAAGACGGCGUAGGCGUAGGCGUUGCCGAUGCCGAUGCCGUUUCUGCUGCCGAUGCCGAUGCCCUGCACGGGCCAUCGUCGUCGCCAACCGAGCGACCCGUCAGCGAGACGGGCAGUUCCACCGUCUCGGCCCAGCCUCGCAGAAGAAGCCCCAUCACCUCGUACGCCUUGUCUCGGAGAUCAGUCAUGGAAAAAAUAGGGGGCCGCAACAGGAAAUACGCGGCAUUGCUGGGGGCCUUCCGCAAUGGCAUGGCCGUGCCACCUCACAUCCGCUCCGCUGUAUGGCGCAGCGACAUGGACGACGUGCUCCUUCAAAUGAUGCGUCGUCACGCAACCGACGCCCUGAUUGCGAACUCUGCGCUCGAAAACAGGGGCGAGCUGGCGCUUGUUCAGCCGUGCCAGAGCUGGGACCAAGUGGCAACCGUCCACAGCGGGGGGUGCGUGUUGUGGCUGUCAUGCGCCGAGGGUGCCGGGAGGCGACCAUACGCUACAGUAGAUCAGGAGGAGGCAAGGUUUGGCCAGAAGAUUGCGGUCCACGACCUGCGCUGGCUUCUGGGAGAGACCCAGCUCGAACGACUGAGAUCUUCAUGUCCCGUUUUCCGCCAGCACGACAUCGUGGUGCUGCGGCAGUUGAAGAGCAAAGCGAUAACACGAUUGCAUCUUUUACUGUGGCGAUUGCAGGGCUACUUGGCAGAGCCGGCCAAGCCCGAUUCCUAG